AUGAUCACAUCAACAUUCAAUCAUGGAAUCGAACAGAUUGAUUCGAAUGAGAAAAUCACUGAUAUCAAACUUCAAUUAACGCAUGUCAAUGCCUUGCCUAGUCGAACUGAACAAGGAAUUUUCCUUAUUAUUGAAUUAGGAAAUCUUGUCGAAGAUGUUCGAUACAGUCUGGUAUCAUUAUUAGGUAAACAAAUACCGUCCUAUGCUAUAUUACAUAGUAAAGGCUAUAAUAUCUCUGAACAAGUACGGCGAAGCGAGGGCACCGUAUUGAUUGACCACUUAGCAAUGGAAUUAAAACAUUUUCUCGAGCAAAUACCAUUGAAUACGAAACUAACAUAUUCAUUUCAACUUGGCUUUCUAAUUCAUUUCCCCAUAAAACAAAAUAAUCUAUACCACGCAGAGAUUCUAUCUUGGUCCGAUCGUUUCAAUUGUCCCGAUUUACUUCAUCGAGAUUUCAUUCGCCUUUUCCAACGAUCCAUAGAACAUAAUCUUGAGAAUUAUCAAAUCAACACCAUAAUUUGUGUUCAAGAAAGCGUAGCUGCCCUAAUCUCGGUUGCAUUUGAAUACCCAAACACUUUGAUUUCACUCAUCUUUAAACAUACGUUCCAACUCUCAUUUGUUGAAAACACAGAAAGUUUACGCUCGAAGAAUCAUCAUCAGCACGCACAAGUUCGUGGACUGUACCGAACAAUCCUUUCGUUCAAUAUUCAAAAUUUACAAUCUCAGCAAGCUCGCGCCUUAUUCCAAACAUUGUUGACUUCUGUCGAUCGAUAUGUUUUGCAAAACUUGAGUGUGAACUAUUUCGAUGUCUUAACAUGCGAUUCAUGUUUACUCGAGAUCAUACGAAUAUUAAUUCUUGAAUUAUGUCUACAUGAACAAUUCUUAUCCUAUGAUUCAUGGUCGAAAUCCAGACUGAAUUGCCCAGGGUCGUUGUGCUUAAACUUUCUUACUUAUCUUUUACAAGGGAAGUACGCCGAAUUACAACCAUAUUUAAGUGCACUAGGUCUGAAAGGCCUGGAGAAAGGAACUUUGAUUAUUAUAGAAUAUAUAUGUCAUGUGAUUAUCCGACGGUCAACGCAGAUCUUGUCGUGUUUGAUCGUUUGUUUAUCCGAACGAUACAAUGAAGAAAAUAUCACAAUUGCUAUUGACAGUUAUCUUUAUCGUUCGUGUCCAACCUAUCAGAUCUAUAUGCACAAUGAAAUUGAACAUCUGUGCAAACGAUGGAUAACCAUGUUCCAUUUCGUGAACUCGACGAAUGUAUCAUAUGUAAUUAUCAGAUGA